AUGAGGGCUGAUCACGUUACCGCCCCGGGUCUAUGCAUCGAUCAUCUCGUGGGCGACGUUGCCCGGGAAAGGGAGGCCGCUCGCAUCAUCGAGCGCAACUUGUGGGAGCAGAGGCUCCGUGAUGAAGAAAAGACCCGUUACAUCGAACGGAAGCGCAGAGAGAUGUACGCGAGGCAAGCUGUCGAGCGCCACGCCCUAGAACGGGGUCGAGACUUUCGCGGAACUAUAGAUGAGUACUGGGAAUCGUUGGCCCGGAUGAAUCAGAGACACAGACGGGAGUGUCGCGAAUUCACACUUCGUUGGGAACGCAAAUUUGCCUGCGGCGAUAUGGAUCAGUAUCUCAACCAGGCUAUUGGAUCCCGCAUGAACCCAGCUAGGAGGCCUCAUGAGCGCUCAAACUCCGACGAGAGUUCUGAAAUCCGCUCAGAUCCUAGCUCAGAGACUUUAUGGGAUCAUGAUUGA